CAAGAACCACCAGUAGAACUUCCUGAAGAAUUACUGCCCACAAAGAUUCCGAUUCAGCCGAACAUCAAGAGAGAUACCAAUACUUCCAACCUCGAGCACAAGAAACAUCAGACCAAGAGAGAGAAAACAUGGGAUCCGUUGGCAACUGGGACGAUACCCCUUAUGGCAGACGCCUGCUGCCGACCCUCGUCGAUCAGAUCGCGACGCAAGACCCUACCCGAGAAUGCCUCUCGAUCCCUCGGUCUUCUGAGCCCUCAGAUGGCUGGAAGGUGGUCGACUGGAAGUCAAUGGCCAACGCAGUCAACCGCUGCGCCCACAGGAUCGUCGAACUCUUCGGCAAGCCCGAGGAGAAUACCUUCCCGACCAUUGCCUACAUUGGUCCCAACGAUGUGCGCUACAUCGUUACGAUGAUUGCCUCUGUGAAGGCCGGAUACAAGGCACUCUUCAUCUCCCCCCGAAACACCAAGGAAGGCCAGCUCAACCUUUUCAAGAACACCGACUGCAACAUGAUUGCCUUCGCCAGCGCCUCCAGGGAACUCGUGGAGCCCUUGCUCCAAGAGCGGGACAUGCAGGCUGUCGAGGUCAGCCCUCUUGAGGCCUGGUUCCCUGAGGAGGAGGUACCUCACUUCCCCUACACCAAGAGGUUCAGCCAGGCCGAGUGGGACCCGCUGGUCGUCCUCCACACCAGCGGCAGCACCGGUCUGCCUAAGCCCAUCAUCGUGAGGCAAGGAAUGCAGGCAUUCAGCGAUACAUUGCCGACUCUUCCCGUGUGGAAGGGCCAAAAGCCCGAGGUCCUCGUCUGGGCCCAAGAGACCAAGAGGUUGUUCAUGCCCAUGCCUCUGUUUCACAUGGCCGGCGUUCUCUCUGUGGUGAUUAUGGUUUUCUACAACAAGAAGCCUAUCGCUCUGGGCAUUAGUGAUCGCCCUACAAGCACCGACCUCGUGAUGGAGUGUCUGGCGAAUGCGAACGUCAACUCAGCCAUGCUAGCGCCUGCGACACUCGAGGACCUGAGCCAGACGCAGGAGGGUAUUAGGGCGGUCACCAAGCUGGACUCGGUGGUCUUUGGAGGAGGUAACCUUGCACGAGAAUCCGGGAACCGCCUCGUCAAGAACGGUGUCAUGCUGCGGAACGUGAUCGGAGCCACCGAAUUCGCACCCUUCCCGACCUACACCAAGUCUGACCCGGCCCUGUGGCAGUAUUUUCACUACAACCAGGAAGUCAUGGGCUGCGAGUUCCGCAGGUAUGGGGAGGGUGGGGAGGAUGACGAUGUGCGCGAGCUCGUGAUUGUGAGAAAGAAGGAGAACAGGUACCACCCGGGCCAGCAGGCCAUCUUCUACACGUUUCCAGACCUGAACGAGUGGAGCACCAAGGAUCUAUACCGGCCUCACCCGACGCUGGCUGAUCACUGGAUCUACCACGGACGCGCAGACAACAUCAUCGUGUUCAGCAAUGGCGAGAAGCUCAACCCUGUGACCAUCGAGGAGAUCGUCAGCGACCACCCGCGCGUCAAGGGUGCUACGGUCAUCGGCGCCCAGCAAUUCCAGGCCGGUCUCCUCAUCGAGCCUCAGGUCCAUCCUCAAUCCGAGGAGGAGAAACAGGAGUUCCUGGACGACGUGUGGCCUCUGGUGGAGCAGGCCAACAAGGAGACGGUCCAGCACGGCCGCAUAGCCCGCGACCUGAUCAUGCUCUCCAGCCCCGACAAGCCCUUUCCUCGCGCUGGCAAGGGAACCAUCCAGCGGGCAGCGACGGUAAAGCUGUACGAGGACGAGAUCAAGAAGCUGUACGCAGACAAAGAUCAGCACGGCUCCAAUCAGAGUGGAGGACCCGAGCUGGACGUCACAUCAGAGGACGCCCUGGCCUUGUCGAUUGUCGAGACACUCCGAAAGUCCCUUCAUGCCAACAAGCUGGAGGCGGAUGUCGACUUCUUCGCCGCAGGAAUCGACUCGCUGGGUGUCAUGAGCGCCGCCAAACUCCUCCGCGCCGGCCUCAAGAAUGCUGGUCACGAAACGGACGCAAAGACCCUGGCACCCAAAGCCAUCUACACGAACUCAACCCCUCGUCGACUUGCAGCAUACAUCUUCAAGACUAUGAUUCACAGUCACCACCAGAACGGCACCCAGAGCGAGGACGAGCAACAGCAGGAGGCGAUGCGGGCCAUGCACCACAAGUACACCCAGAACUUGACCAUCGCCAAGCCAGGGCGCCCAGACCCACGCAACGAGGACCAGGUGGUCGUCCUGACCGGCUCGACAGGCAUGCUGGGCUCGUACCUCCUCGACCUGCUGGGCCGCAACCCACGCGUGGCCAAGAUCAUCUGCCUCAACCGUGCGGCGGACGGCGGGCGCGCACAGCAGGUCAAGGCCCUCGCAGAGCGUGGACUGGACGUCGGCAUCCUAGACACCAAGGCCGAGUUCCUGCACGCCGACCUGUCCAAGCCAGACCUGGGCCUGGGCGAGGAGACGUACGCGCGGCUGCAGACCGAGGCGGACCGUGUCAUCCACAACGCCUGGCCCGUCAACUUCAACAUCCCCAUCGAGUCCUUUGAGCCGUUCCUCGCUGGUGUGCGGUACAUUGGCGACCUCGCCGCCACGGCUGCCCGGCGCGUCGCUGUCACCUUCAUCUCGUCCAUCGCGGUGGCCGAGCGCUGGGAUCCGGCGCGCCACGGCGCAGACAAGGUUCCCGAGCGGCGCCUGGAGGACAUGAGCCUGCCCACAGGCGGUUACGGCCGCAGCAAGAUGGUGGGCAGUCUCAUACUCGAGGACGCGGCGGGCAAAGAGGCGGGCGACUUUCCAUUUGCCAUUGUGCGUGUCGGACAGGUUGCUGGGCCCGAGGCGCAGGAGGGCAUGUGGAACCGCCAGGAGUGGCUGCCCAGUAUCGUGGCCAGCAGCCUGUACCUGAGGGCGCUGCCGGGCCACCUGGGCCAUAUGGACAGGGUCGACUGGACGCCCGCCGAGGCCAUUGCCAAGCUGGUGCUCGAGGCUGCCGGCGUGUCGCGGGUGGUGGCGAGGGCCGAUGAUAUCAACGGGUACUACCACGGCGUCAACCCGCACGAGACACAGUGGGCAGAUCUGGCCGUGGCUGUGCAGGAGUUCUACGGCCAGGAGCGGAUCGCAGAACUGGUUUCGUUCAACGAGUGGAUCGACCGCCUGGAGAAGACGCAGGCGGAUGGCGAGGCCAGCGUGGCUCGGAACCCUGGCGUGAAGCUCAUCGACUCGUACAGGGGAAUGGCCUCGGCCUCUACUCCUAUGGUCUACGACAUGAAGGAGACUGUGGAGAGAUGCCCUAGCGCGAGGAAGACUGUGGCUGUCACGGCUGACAUGAUGAAGCAUUGGUGCAGCCAGUGGCGUUUCUAG